UUGACACAGCGGCGAAGCUCUCUUUCUACUUCAAUGUCGAUUCAACCAAAGCUCAAUUCCCUCUCAAGUUCACCCUCACAUUCUCAUUUCACCAUGUAAGUCUUUACUCUAGCUUCAAGGCCUUUCCACAUAUUAUCAAAAUUCAUAAUUUUUUUACACAUUUUUUGUUAAGUUGAAGUAUUUACAUUUACAUGGCUUGUAACUUCUCUUUUGGUUCUUCACUAUCACUUGAUUUUGUUUCCACAAAACCCAAAAACAAAAACCCUAGGAACCUACGAAAUUUUCAAAAUUUCCCCUCAUUUUCAUGUAAAAACCAAACCGUUGGCCUGGAGAAUGAAGAUGAAAACCAGAAAGCUAAUAAAACCCAUUUGAGUCUUUUAACAAUACCUGUAACUUUGAUUGUUAUCUCCACUUCACUUGCACAAAAGCCUUGUUAUGCUGCACCAACUGUGACUUCAGACAGAAAGAAGAAAACCCAGAAAAAGACACAAAAGACACAAAAGACACAAGAGGCAUUGACUCCAGAACAGCUAAGAAAUUGGGCAAAAGAUUUGCCUAUUGUGUCAAAUAGGAUUGCAUAUACUGAGAUAUUGAAUUUGAAACAAGAGGGUAAGCUUAAACAUGUGAUUAAAUCGUCUGGUGUUGGUUUAAGACAAAAAGCAGAACCUAUUUUGGUAGUUUUGGAGGAUUCUAGAGUGUUAAGGACUGUUUUACCAUCGAUUGAUAGUAAUAGGAGGUUUUGGGAAUCUUGGGAUAAGUUGAAGAUUGAUAAUUUAUGUGUUAAUGCAUAUACACCUCCGAUUAAGAAACCGGAGGUGCCUCAUCCGUAUUUAGGGUUUUUGUGGAAAGUGCCUGAGUCUAUGUUGGAAAUGUUUAAACCUAAGAAAGAGUCAAAAAGGGCGGCGGAGAUUAGGAGAGCGAGAGAAGAGUUUAAGAGGCAAAAGAAAGAAGAAUUGAAGAGGAUGAGGGAAGAAAGGGAAAUGAUUGAGAAGAUGAUGAAGGUCCAAAAGAAAGAGGAGGAGAGGCAAAAGAGAAUGGAGAUUAGAAAGAAAAAGUAUGAGGAGUCACUGGAAAAUAGAAGGACGAAUUAUGAGUAUAUGGCAGAUAUGUGGGAUGCUAUGGCACAAGAUUCAAACGUGGCAACACUUUUGGGAGUGGUGUUUUUUGUGAUAUUUUAUAGGACAGUUGUGCUUAGCUACAGGAAGCAGAAGAAGGAUUACGAGGACAGGUUGAAGAUUGAGAAGGCAGAGGCAGAGGAGAGAAGGAAGAUGAGGGAGUUGGAGAGGGAGAUGGAGGGUCUUGAGGCCGUUGAUGAGGAUGAGACUGAGCUAGGGAAAGGAGAGCAGAAUCCAUAUUUAAAAAUGGCUAUGCAGUUCAUGAAGUCAGGUGCACGUGUACGGCGUGCACAUGGUAGAGGGCUGCCACAGUAUUUGGAGAGAGGUGUGGACGUGAAAUUUUCAGAUGUUGCUGGGCUUGGGAAGAUACGUCUUGAGCUUGAAGAAAUUGUCAAGUUUUUCACUCAUGGGGAGAUGUACAGGAGGAGAGGAGUGAGAAUACCAGGUGGCAUACUUCUAUGUGGCCCUCCUGGGGUGGGGAAGACAUUACUAGCAAAAGCUGUGGCUGGUGAGGCAGGCGUGAAUUUCUUCUCUAUUUCUGCAUCUCAGUUUGUUGAAAUAUAUGUUGGAGUUGGUGCAUCUCGUGUCCGAUCACUUUACCAGGAGGCACGGGACAAUGCCCCGUCUGUUGUAUUUAUUGAUGAAUUGGAUGCUGUUGGAAGGGAACGUGGUUUAAUUAAGGGUUCUGGUGGACAAGAACGUGAUGCUACUCUUAAUCAGCUUCUUGUCUGCUUGGAUGGGUUUGAAGGAAGAGGGAAUGUGAUUACUAUCGCUUCCACAAAUAGACCAGACAUUCUAGAUCCAGCCCUUGUGAGGCCUGGACGAUUUGACCGUAAAAUUUACAUUCCUAAACCUGGUCUUAUUGGCCGCAUGGAAAUUCUGAAGGUCCAUGCUCGAAAGAAGCCAAUGGCAGAGGAUGUAGACUACCUGGCUGUUGCUAGUAUGACUGAUGGAAUGGUUGGUGCAGAGCUAGCAAAUAUAAUUGAAGUUGCUGCUAUUAACAUGAUGCGUGAUGGAAGAACUGAGAUUACAACUGAUGACUUACUACAAGCUGCGCAAAUAGAAGAGAGGGGAAUGCUAGACAGAAAGGAGAGGAGCCUUGAGACAUGGAGACAAGUAGCUAUAAAUGAAGCAGCAAUGGCUGUUGUAGCUGUGAACUUUCCUGACCUUAAAAAUAUUGAGUUUGCAACAAUUGCUCCUAGAGCUGGUAGGGAGUUGGGUUACGUUCGGUUGAAAAUGGACCAUAUGAGAUUCAAGGAAGGAUUGCUAAGUCGGCAAUCCCUGCUGGAUUAUAUCACUGUUCAACUAGCUCCACGUGCUGCUGAUGAGCUUUGGAAUGGUGAAGGUCAGCUGAGUACAAUAUGGGCGGAGGCAGCUGAUAAUGCUAGAUCAGCAGCACGAGCCUUUGUUCUUGGUGGCCUGUCUGAUAAGCAUUAUGGAUUAUCCAACUUCUGGGUAGCAGAUCGAAUUAAUGAAAUUGAUUCUGAGGCAUUGCAGAUUGUGAACUCGAGUUAUGAGCGUGCAAAAGAGAUCCUGCAACGAAACCAUAAACUUAUGGAUGCUGUGGUAGAUGAGCUUGUCGAGAAGAAAAGUUUGACGAAACAAGAGUUCUUUCAUCUCGUUGAGUUGCAUGGCUGCAUACAACCCAGGCCACACAGUAUACUCGACCUGAGGGCUGCCAAACGUGCACAAUUUCAAGAACAGAUGAUUAUCCAGGAUGCAUCAUCUGUUGGGAGCAAUGCGUGAGCGAGUUGCUUAAUCUUCAAUUUGGGGAGAGUAACAUGUGACCCUGAACUCGGCUUUUUGAAGGGCUGCAUAUCGAUGAUAUGGAAUGCUGGAAUUACCUGUCUGCUGACUGCUGUGCGAGCCUAUCCUUAGAAAGUAAUCACAUAUUGAAACCUAUCUGCGUCGAUGAACCAGUGAAACAUGCAUUGCAGAAGCCAUGGUUCCAUGCCGGAUCAAGUUUAAUCACGUGCCAGCCUAUCUUUUGAAGUCCUCUCAUUUUCGGGCUCACUCUGUCAUUUACAGAUGCAUUUUACGCUGAAAUAUAAUUAAAUAUUAUACUAUUCCAUUUUUGGAGUUAAAAAAA